CCUGCGCUGGCUCCCACGAGGUUUGAUGUUGUUUUGAUGUGAUCAUCUUCUCAUACCCAUGUACGGCUGUCUGUAAGCAGCUGGUAGGCAGACGACCGUAGUAUGAGAGCCCCAAGUACGAGAACGUAGGAAGGGUUUUCAGAGCCUUGUCCCUGCAUUGGUUUGACGCUUUGUCCGUGGUGGCUAUUCCGCAGCUGAGUUCGAGUGCAACCCUCUCCAAGCCAGUCUUGGAAAGCGGCACUUAUUAUUAUUAUAACGAGUUUUACAUUACUGUCGAUACAUACUGGAGCUGUCAAGCCAGAACCGGCGGAGUCCAUCAUGGCCGGUCCACUACCUAAUCCGAACGACAAUGACUCUCGUCUGGUAUACAUACCUUCAAUCAUCUUCCUGGUUAUAAGUCCUAUUGUCGUUGCAUUGCGAAUAUGGGCGCGGUUGAGGCAAGGUGGGAAUAUGGGGCCUGAUGACUGGACUGCUAUAGUGGCCUUGAUAUUUGCACUUCUUACCAGCUCUUUCUUGAUGACAUGCUGCCAUUAUGGCAUGGGUCGGCAUUUUAUGUACAUAGAACACGAGAACCAGAUCGAAACACUAAAGUUCCUGUACAUGUCCCAAAUCACCUAUAAAGCGGCAAUCAAUCUCACUAAAUGCUCCAUUCUACUACUUUAUCUGCGUCUAUUUGAGAUUGUUCGUUGGAUGAGAUGGACUUGCAGGGGCCUCCUCGCUUGUGUUAUUAUCUACUGCAUAUCCUCGAUGACCGCAACCAUCUUCCAAUGCAACCCGGUUGCCAGAGCCUUCGACAAGGCCCGAACAGGAACCUGUAUCAACCUUGCCACGUUUUGGUUCGCCAACGCCGGAUUUUCGAUCGCUACCGAUGUUAUUAUUCUUCUGCUUCCAAUGCCUCUAGUAUAUGGGCUAGAGGUACCUCGGGCUCAGAAACUGGCUCUAAUGGCUGUAUUCGCCAUUGGUGUUUUCGUCGUCAUUACCUCGUGUCUCCGAGUCACGACUCUCGAUGUAUUCGCUACCUCUACCGACAACACAUACGAUAUUGCAAACGUGAUGUGGACAAUCAUCGAACCCAACGUGGCUAUCGUCUGCGCAUGCCUACCAACUCUGCGGCAACUGGUUGUUAAAUUGUUCCCAGCACUCGGAAGUAAAAACUCAGCCAACAGAUACGGCACCCCUGGCUACGAUUCGAAUGGGUACGGCUCGAAGUCGAGGGGCUCGAGGGGUACGGGAAGAAGAAGCCAAGCACCACUUACAGAUGAAUGGGUGGAACCGGGUGCAAAGUCCAACGGUAUCCACAUGGCAACGAUUCGGCGAAACAACUCGAAUGCUGGAAGUGAAGACAGUAUUCUAGCCGGAGGACAGAACAAUGCGAAUAAUGGAAUUAAAAGGACGGUGGAGUAUAGUAUCCAGUAUUCUGAGAAGAAGUGACAAACAUGAUGGAGUUAUUUUUGGCUUUCAAGCCAUUUUCAAAUUAAUGUUAGCUGUAUAGAUCUCGUGCUUGAAGCAAAUAAAAUACGGAGAGGGAAGAAGCAAAUACUGUAUACAUAUUCCACAAGAAUAAACAGAACUGUACAACACUAGUUUCAACGUAAAUUCUGUGUACUAACAGUUUCUG